ACUGGAGGAUCAACAAUGACUGCAGGACCAACAACCACUGGAGAAUCAACAACCACUGGAGGAACAACAAGCACUGGAGUAUCAACAACAGUUGGAGGAUCAACAACCACUGCAGUACCAACAACCACUGCAGUACCAGCAACCACAGCAGUAUCAACAACCACUGGAGAAUCAACAACCACUGGAGUAUCAACGACCACUGCAGUACCAACAACCACUGAAGGAUCAACAACCACUGAAGUACCAACAACAACUGGAGAAUCAACAACCACUGAAAGAUCAACAACCACUGGAGGGUCAACCAUCACUGGAGGAUCAACAACCAUUGCAGUACAAACAACCACUGCAGUACCAACAACCACUGGAGGAUCAACAACCACUGGAGGAUCCACAACCACUGCAGUACAAACAACCACUGCAGUACAAACAACCACUGCAGUACCAACAACCACUGGAGGAUCAACAACUACUGCAGUACCAACAACUACUGCAGUACCAACAACCACUGGAGGAUCAACAACCACUGGAGGAUCAACAACCACUGGAGAAUCAACAACCACUGCAGUACAAACAACCACUGGAGCAUCAACAACCACAGAAGGAUCAACAACCACUGGAGGAUCAACAACCACUGGAGGAUCAAUAACCACUGGGGGUUCCACAACUGGAGGAUCAACGACCAGUAGAGGACCAACAACAACUGGUGGAACAACAACUGGAGAAACAACAUCCACAGGAGGACAAACAACCACUGGAGGAUCAAUAAGCACUGGAGUAUUAUCAACCACUGGAGGGUCAACAACCACUGGAGGACAAACAACCACUGGAGGAUCAACAACCACUGCAGUACCAACAACCACUGGAGGAUCAACAACCACUGGAGGAUCAACAACCACUGCAGUUCCAACAACCACUGGAGGAUCAACAACCACUGCAGUACAAACAACCACUGGAGCAUCAACAACCACAGCAGGGUCGACAACUACAGGAGGAUCAACACCCACUGGAGGAUCAACAACAACUGGAGGAUCAACAACCACAGGGGGAUCAACAACCACAGGAGGAUCCGUAUCGACUGCAGGAUCAACAACCACUGGAGGAUCAACAACCACUGGAGGAUCAACAACCACUGGAGUAUCAACAACCACUGGAGGAUCAACAACCACUGGAGGAUCAACAACAACUGGAGUAUCAUCAACGACUACACAGAGUACAACAACAGGAGUAACAACAACAACAGGAGGAUCAACAACCACUGGAGCAUCAACAACAACAGGAAUAUCAAUAACAACUGGAGGUUCAACAACCACUGAAGCCCCAAUAAUUACCCGUCCAGUUUUUGUUUUCACCGCAGUGAUAAUACAGAUAUUUAUUCCUGCUUAUAAUGAUAAUACCUCAUCCGCAUAUCAAGCACUUGAGACCGAAGUUGUGAUAACGUUUAACGCAAUCUACACAGCUCAAUUUGGCGACCGGUUCAUUCGGACAAUUGUCAUCGGAUUCAGGAUCCCUGCGACUCGAUCGACCAAUACUGAAGCAGAAGUAGAGCUUGAGUUUCAGCCAACUACUUCGUCACAACCGAUCCCACAGGCUGACGAUGUUCGAAGUACCCUGGUCGAAGGACUGAACAACCCAAACAUAACCUCUAACCUCACUGUAGAUGCGACAACCAUUACGAUCACAAGAGAACCAAAUGUUCUUACGACCACUGGAUCACCAACGACUGCCGCCCCGACUGCCGCUGUGACGGCCUCCGCAGGGCCCGUUGCCUCCGCUGCACCACAACUCACUUCCCGGCAGGUGGUGUUCAGAUCGGCAGGAGAAACCUUCACAAAUGAUCUAUUGAACUCAUCUUCUGCUGCGUUUAUUGCCCGAGCAACGCUCUUAACAACACAACUCGAACCCUUUUUCAGUCGGAGUUUGGGCUCCUUUAACAGCAUAAACGUGGUAUCAUUCAGCGAUGGGUCGAUCAUCAACACCCUAAACGUUUUCUUCAAUUCAAACUCAGUUCCUGAUGGCCUUCAGAUUUUAAAUGUGUUCACCACUGCAGCGCAAAGCAUCACAGCCUUCAACAUUGAGACCAGCAGUAUAACUGUGCAGGGCCUAACAGUUUCAACCGGAGUCACCCACAAGAGCAGUGUCCUCACUGCAUUAGUGUUAGUGGCUCUAUCCUGGUCUCUGUCCAGACAGAGUUAGUGUCGGCUUGUCCGUCUCCUCAACCUUGGGAUGCACGAUAAAUAUAUGUCUGAUUAAUUAUCGGAAAGGAGGUGUCGAUAGGAUCUAUUGGGCUGCAUUAUAGAUGAUGUGUAUGUUCCAAAUGAUAUGUAUUAAGGGAGUACGAUAAAUGUGAUUUUCUCAGGUAAUGAAUUUAUACUGGAUGGGCUUUGAAGGAAUAUAGAAAGAUUUCAAUUGAUUUAAGUUAUUUAUCUGAUGCAUGCAUGUAGGCCUAUUCAUUUGGCUUAUUCAUCCAUAUUGUAUUCUGUGAGAUUAUAUUGCCUUUAAAUACCAGUAUCCUUAUAAAUGAAGCCAUCGUUAUAGGUUAUUUUGAAUUAUUAUUACCGAAAUUAAGUGGGAUGAAGCAAUAAAACAAAUAAUAAUAAACUU